UUAGAGAAUUUUUAUGGAAUUGGUUGAAAGUCGGUGUUUCUUAUCUUGGUGGUUAUAGGCUAGUUAAAUAUUUCAUUAUAAAUUAUCUUAGAUAGUUUUAUACACCUUUUAAGCAUGUUGUUUGAGGCUCAUAGUAUUAACGCUGAACAUAAAGAUCUCAUACACGAUGUCGCCUAUGAUUUUUAUGGUCAAAGAAUGGCGACAUGUUCGAGCGAUCAGUUUGUAAAGGUUUGGGACCAAGAUGAGGACGAGAACUGGAUACUCACAGCGACAUGGAAAGCUCACAGUGGCUCUGUUUGGAAGGUGACUUGGGCACAUCCCGAGUUUGGUCAGGUUUUAGCCACAUGCAGCUUUGACCGAACUGGGGCUAUCUGGGAGGAGAUAGUUGGUGAAGGGACAAGUCCAGGAGAACGUGGGUUGCGUCACUGGGUGCGUCGAACCAAUUUGGUAGACUCCCGUACAUCAGUUACCGACGUAAAAUUCGGCCCUAAGUCCUUGGGCCUCGUACUGGCCACCUGUUCAGCUGAUGGAGUUAUCCGUAUAUACGAGGCUCCAGACGUCAUGAAUCUCAGUCAAUGGACACUCCAACACGAAGUCUCCUGCAAACUGCCUUGUAGCUGCCUCACAUGGAGUCCUUCAUUCUCAAGGAUGCAGCCAGCGAUGAUUGCAGUGGGUAGUGAUGACAGCAACCCCAGCACGGGCAGCAAGGUUCUGCUACUGGAGUACAGUGACAACUCCCGCCGAUGGACAAAGACCGAUUCAGUACCCAGCGUGUGUGAUGCUGUACACGACAUUGCCUUUGCACCUAACCUGGGUCGCAGCUACCACCUGUUAGCAGUUGCUACCAAGGACGUGCGCAUACUCACGCUCAAGCCCAAAAUGGAUGGCCCAGCACUGCAGGGCAACUCACCCAGGUUUGAUAUUCAGGUGGCUGCCCAGUUUGAGGACCACAUCUGCACGGUGUGGCGCGUCUGCUGGAAUGUCACCGGCACCAUCCUGGCAUCCUCCGGUGAUGACGGCUGCGUUCGCCUUUGGAAGUGCAACCACAUGAACAACUGGAAGUGUGUCUCAGUACUGAAGGGAGAUGGAACACAGGCCCCUGGGACGGAGCUGCCACCCCCCACCCCUGGCACCAUCGCCACUCCUCAUCCCCUUCCCCAGCUCAACUCAAACACCAGAGUUCAGGAGAGAGGCAGCAAGUGGCAACCUGCUGUUAUUAAGGGAAGAUUCACCAAGACCACUUGGAUAGGAUCAGAACCUGCUCCACCACCUCAGAAGGCAAACAAGAAGUCUGGAGAGGUGUCAAGUGGUGGUGGCGGGCUCAUGACCAAGUGGCAGGCCUCAAUCACGUCUGGCCUCAUUUCCACCUCCCCACCAGUUGAAAAGUCUCGUACACCUAAAAAGUAACCUGUUUCGCAUAUUUGUCUUUCAAAUCUUUCCUUAUAUAACCCUUAGUUCCUGUCUCCUUUUUAUAUAUUUCCUAAUAGUAUUACAUGGUUUAAAAUACAGAUUUCAGUAUUAUUCAGUGAGUAUUUAGAACUAAUUUAAAUUAAGCUUUUUAUUUAAGAAGGAGGCAUUUUUACUCUUACAAAAGGUUAGAUUUUUAAAUUUUCCAUACUUUUAUAGUACUUAAACUGAGUAGUUUGCUAUGUAUUUAGGUUUUGCUUAUUUUAUACGGAUUUUUGUAGUUCUACAAUUCUGUUGCACCAUGUGAAAAUAUUUGUAACUAUUUCUUGUAAUUUUUGACAGUAUUUUACUCUAAGUUUCAUUCCUUUUUUGCUUAAAUAUCUAGGUGAAUAUUUUUUUAUUUUUAUUUCAAAUUUUAUAUAGUUUUGAGUAAAAGACUGGGACGUUAAUAGAUAUAUUUGGUAAACUUGAAAAAACUAAGUUGUUUUUGAUGAAGGAAAAACUGUGAUCAGUUGCUCAUUAAAUAACUACCCAUGACAGUCAAACACAGCUAAGAUUAAUACGGAAUACUUCGACAUUAUAGUAGCAUAUAUACUAUUUUGAUCUCUUCUUGAAAUUAUUUUUUACAGCUGGUUAUAAAGAGUUAUAAAACAUGAAAAUAAUAGUGUGAGAUAAUUUUAAAUAAAACACGUCUAGCAUAUCCUGUUUUAACCUUUUUGAAAAAGAUUUAGCCAUUAACUCUUCAAUAGAUAGUCUACGUUACAGUAUACAAUUUCUUUGUUUAACUCUAAAAAUAAUAAAAAUGUAAUGGGAAUGUUCUAAACCAUCCCUAGCAUUUUGUAAAACAUUGUAAAGACACUACUAUUACUUUUAAGCAUUUAUUUAUUUUUGAAUAACCAAAAUUUGGUAUAAACCAGAUCUCCAAUAAUUUAAUGUUUGGAAAUAUAUGAGGUACACGUCUUAUACGUCUCCUCAUGUUGGUGCAUUUAUUGCAAUUUAAUGAGCGCAAUUAUUUUAUUGUUAUGGAACUUUUGCCUGUGUACUUCUGGUAACUGGAAUGAUGUUAAUAAAAGCCAUACAGAGCCUAAAAGGAGAUUGUGUGCAGAAGUAAAUGGCCACUUCCACCUCCCAUCACUGUGUAAUCAGUUAUUUACAUCCGAUUGCCUUCUGUUACACAGUGACUGCAGUUGUUUUUGUUAAUUAAUUAUUACACGAUUUGCCUUGACAAAAACAACAGUCACAUUACAUUUGUAAUUUAUAUAAUUUUUAUGAAUAAGCACUUUAACUGUGCAAACUAUAUAUUUUUAAUUUAGAGAAUAUGGUUUUCUUAAUGUGUAGUAAGACAUUGCCCACGUUGUAAUGCCCAACGGAAGUGGUGUAUAAAAUAAGUCAUCUCCAUCUGUGAAACACAAUGAAACGGAGUUUCUUAUAGAUAUGUCCAGGAAAGUUGAUUAACGAGCAUAUCAUGUUGGGGCAUAAAGAACCUGGAGCUGUACAUAUACUGUUAUUUAAUGAUGUGCUGGCAGUCAUUUUUAUUUUAUGUUGGGGAUUAAUUUGUUAUUUUUGUUGGUAGUUUACUCAUUUUGUAAUUGUAUUUUUAAUUAUUAUAUAUUUGAUCUGGUUUAAAAUUAUUUAUAAUAUUGUCAAUUAAUAUCAAUAAUUAUUUUGAAUUAAAGAUUGGAUAACAUUGUAUAGAUACAGAUUCUCCCUAUUAAUAUUAAAUAGUUUUGAUCCUAUGAGUAAUAGUUAUUCAUCUAAACGGGUACCAGUAUUUUCUUAUUACAAGGAGACUUUCUCAGUAUAAUUUUGCGUCCAUAUAAAUCUGUUAUACCUUUUUUUAGUUAUGUUCUGCUAAGUCGUAAAUAUAUAGUUUUUAUAUAUAGAAUAAUAAUUCUCUGAAGUUUUAGAAUAAAUUCUACAUUUAUCAGGUAAUUUAUUCUCAACAUUAUUAAAUCUGUCAGUGUUUUUAAUAUUUUGUUAUAAGAUUUAAAAUAUGUUACUGUUUGGUUGUGAUGCUCUGAAGUCAUUUUUAUUACAUUUUAGAUAACACUGUAUUUUAAUCGUAUUUGAAUAUUAACCAUAGCAAAUGAUUUUUUAAUACAAUGUUGUUGCUCAAUAAAAUGUAAUGUUUCACCUGUAUCGUCAGCUUCUACCUGAGUACUACUAGUUAUGAAUAUGUUUUUUAUUAGGAAACAUUAUCAUAAUUUAUUAAACUCUGUUCCUCAAUUGUUUAUUAAAUAAUUUAAAUAAAUAAGAUAAAUAAUUAGCUAUUCGUCCAAAAAUAUAUACAUGUAUGCAGGUAAAUUAUCAACUUACAUGAAUGUACCUGUUGCGUAUAGAAUAUUUUAUAUUGUUAGUUUUAUCACUGGUGUGUCAACUUAAAUGAGUUAAAGGAAAGCCUAAUUGAGCAUUUAUAAAUUGAAUUUAUUUACAGAACAUGUUAACUUAUUAUUAGUUGAUCAUAUGAACUUUGUGUAUAAUAUUGUGAUCAUAAAGUAAUAUUUAGCUUUAAGGAGUUAACAGUUACAUACAAUUUAAUGUGACUUUAGAGGCUCUUGUUAUAUUUUUUUUGUAUUUUGACAAGUGCUAUUGUUGAUCUCAAUUUGAAACUUGCCAAAAUUUUGUCAAAAGUUCUAAAACUUAAGUUUUUAUUCUAGGUAUUUUUAAGAUAACAAACAUUCUAAGUCUGACUUUUUGAAAUAAGAUAUCACUUUUCUUAUUUAUUUUUUAUAUUUUUGGUGUUAUUUCAAUAGAAUUGAGUUGUUAUUGCA